AUGCAUGAUCAGACCACUAUGGCCAUAGUGCCAAAGGGCACCUUCGUUGGCAGGUCAUUGCAGGGCAUUGUGCCAGCGGUCAUCAGGGCUCCGGAGUGGCUGCUGUCGGUGCCGCUGCGCUGUGCCUGGGCGCCUCGCUGGCACGCCGGGCGGGCGCCGAGGUGGGAGACUUCUCAACUCUGCAAUUCGCUCCUUCCUCCUGCUUCCCCAGCCAAGCAAGCGAACAUCCCUGUGAACAUCCAUGUGAACGUGCAUGUGAACAUCCAUGCCAGAAGCGCGCUGCCCGCGGCGCUCGGCUCCAUUGAGCAGUUCAAGAUCUUCGGCCCGCCAGAGGAUCCCUUCGUCAUCGAGACAGACAAAGUGUUGGGCGUCGGCGGGCAGGGAACUGUCUACCUGUGCCACAAGCAGAGCACUCCCAACGUGAAGCAUGCUGUGAAGACCAUCCCUAUUUGGCGCCUGCUGAUGGACCCAUCCUGCGACGAGAAGAUCGCUGACAUCCGGAAGGAGACCGAGGUGCUGAUGAAAAUCCAGGGCCACCCCAACAUCUGCGGGUGCCUGGGGUGCUUCGAUGCCUUCCGGCCAGGCACUACACAGGCACAGUAUAUCAUGAUUGUCAUGGAGCUCGUCGACGGCGGAGAGCUUGCAAGCUACAUCAAAGAUGGGCAGAGCUGCCUCCCAGAGGAUGUCGUGAAGAGCGUUACCAAGCAGACUGCCAUGGGCCUGAAGUUCAUCCAUGAGAAGGACAUUGUCCACCGAGACCUCAAGGCCGAGAACAUCUUGGUCUGCAGCCAGCAGCUUACCGCGCAGACACCCGUCAAGCUGAUUGACUUUGGCGUGGCAAAGAGCCUUUCUGGCACUGUGGCUCGAAGCUGCGUCGGCACCACCGAAAUCAUGGCACCGGAGCUCGUGGGUGCCAAGAUGAUGAUUGCCCCGAAGGGCGUGAACCUGCCUACGCAUGGCCCCUACACCUUUCAGCCUCCAGCGCAGCAGAGCCCGGGCUUCGGCAUCGUCACGCAGCGACCCGAUGGCAAGGGUGCCAUGGUCAAUGGCAUCGAGCCAGGGGGCCAGGCCGCGGGCUACAACGUGGGUGAUGGCUGGGCCAUCUCUCACAUCAACGGCCAGGAGAUCCUGGAGAUGCCCUUUGUCAAGGACUUCAACGAGCUUGGCGCUGGAACGAAGGGUGGCGUCACGGCUAUCACGGAGAUCCUGGGCGCCCUUAGCGCACCCUUUACCGUCCAGUUCGUGGAGCUGCCCAAGCGCGAAUUCACCAAGGCCGUGGAUCUCUGGAGUCUGGGAGUCACCAUGUAUGUCAUGCUGACCGGCAUCAAGCCAUUCUCGGACGAGAACAAGAUCGUCAACGCCGAGUAUGACCAGUCCCCUUUGGCAAAAUGCUCCCCGCAGGCGCAGGAGUUGGUGAAGAGCCUCCUGAAGCUGAACCCUGCGGAACGUCCCACUAUCGACCAGGUCUUGGCGCAUCCUUUCUUGCAGUGGCUUGGGCCAUGA